CAAUGCAAGUGCUGAACUGUCAAAAUUCCCUGGAUUUGUUUAUUUUUUCUCUCAUCUAAUUCUCACGAGUUUUCUUAGAUUUCCCGCAAUAAAAAGGACAGAAAAUGGCUGAAGUAGAUGCUCUACCUUAUAUCGAUCAAGGAUACGACAGUACCGGUGUCCGAGAAGCUGCAAUUGCAAUGGUUGAGGAAGAAUGCCGACGAUAUAGGCCCACAAAGAACUACUUAGAAUCCCUCCCACCACUAGACUCAACCUCCUUUGAGACUCCCGCCAUGACUCAUGAGUUUGAGCGCCUCCAGAAUCGCCUUCCAAUGGAGACACUCAGCAUGAAGAGGUACGAACUGCCACCUCCGCCUCCUGGGAAGUUGUCUGAAUUGAAUGCCUGGAUUGAGAGUAUUUCUAAUUCAAUGGCCCAGCUGGAGCAUCAGUGUGUGCGAACGAUAAAUCUGGAGCUGAUGCUGGACUAUGGGUGUGAAUCGUGGAAAGCCUACCUUGAUGUUCUCACCUACAUGCAGGCACGUUCUCAGAAUCGCCUCCAGGAGCUCCACAAGGAGAUCCAGGAGGUUAAUUGGGAGAGGAAGUCCAAACAAAUGAAGGCUGGAGAGAAAUUGAGAGCCCUUGAGGAGCAAUGGGUGAUGCUGGUGUCGAAAAACUACGAAAUUGAGCAAGUUUGUGCGAAGCUGGAGGAGAAGAUUGCCAGCCUCAAGGAGAGACUCGAUAGAGAGGACAAAGAAGACUAAUUCCGUGUUUUUCUUUUAAUUUUAAUUAAAAUAAAUUAUAAAAAUUA